CGAGGGUGCUAAUUUCGUCGUAUGCAGUGAUCAUAGGACAAAUCAUAUGGCGCGGUUGAUGACUAGAGAUCCUGACGGGUUACAACAGCGAACAAUCAUGCGUAGAUCACCGUCAAGGGACAAUGGACCAAGGAGAGCUACAUUUCCUUCAAACAGAAGAAGAUUCGAGCCAUUGUUAUUGGGAUCCGCUUUGCUAACUGGGUUUUCUAAUAUAACAAAUCGUACUGACUACGGAGCCCCCUCACCUACAUUCGACAGCCUCCUCUCGAUAAAUACUAGAUGAUAUCCUAAGGAAGGCUUAACUCUGUAGCCAGUGGUUCCGUCGAGAUGGCUGGGUUAUGUUGGAUACUUCCUCCCUAUUUCUCUCAAUUAGUUUUCCCGGCCAGAGACAUGCUUCGUCCCUCCGGUCGACGUCGGGCCGACAUGCAGGUAGUAUGCAAUGCUAUGGUGAUGCACAAGGACCUCAUUCCUUACUUUCUCGAUAAUGCAUUCAGUGUUGACAUUCAUGAUAACUACCGGAACAUAUUCUUCCGUGAGAUGGGAUCCACUCGACGCCUUCUUCCCCCUACGUACAGAGAGGGUGAUAUUUUCGGGAGACGCCGAAACGAUUUCGAGUGCCAAUGCUGUUGGAAAGACCGACAAUUACUCAUGAGUAAUGCGACUAUGAUGAAGAGUGUGUUACCUAUACGGCUUGGGACGAGUUCUGGUGGUGUAAAGAAGGAAGAUUGAAUAACACAGGGUCGUUUCAGAGAAUCGUAGCUCCUCCUUUGGGCUGGACGGUGCGAGCAAGGAAAGAUUUUCCUCCUCUCUGUGGUUCAUUGUUCGUCAAUGCUGGUGGGAAGUGAAGUCAACAGGGCUGUUCUUAUGAGGAGGAUGUGCACCUGUCACCCUCGAC